AUGGACGCUACACAGCGCAUGGUGUGUCAAGAAGACUUCUUCAACCCUCUAACCUCCAUGGGUCUGCAAAUGUCAUCCAUUCUCGUCAUCUCUCACUUCUUUCACCUCCUUCUCAAGCCCCUAGGUCAACCUGGACCCAUCGCUCAAAUCUUCGCUGGAUUGGUUUUGGGGCCAUCAGGGCUUUCCAAGGUAGACAAAGUGAGAGAUUUCUUCUUUCAAGCUUCGGGGGCCGAGUACUACGAGAUAUUUGGCUUCUUUUGCCGAAUGCUUUUCAUGUUCCUGAUCGGUUUAGAAACCGAUGUGGCUUACAUAAUUCGAAACAUCAAAGUCUCAAGCACCAUCUCCUACUGCGGAAUCCUAGUAGGAGCUGUGUUUGGUAUCUCCGUCUCUUUCUUCCUCCACCAACAGCUCAUGUUUGGCAACAAGAAAAUGCUGGGCUUCAUCCUCAUCGUCAUCCUCCUCAUGACCUACACUGCCUCGCCCGUCGUCAUUCGCCUCGCUGGCGAUCUGAGAUUCGCCACUUCGCCAACCGGACGCCUCGCCAUCGCUUGCUCACUCAUCAACGAGAUCACAUGCGUCAUCAUGUUCAAUCUGAUCAUUGUGGUGCACAAGAAGAGCUUUUUUAGAUAUGGGAUUUUGACCAUCUUUGUCACCGGUUCGGUUAUCUUGGUCAACAAGUAUGUUGCCAUUUGGUUUAACAAGCGAAAUAGGAACCUAAAGUACCUUACCAAUGCUGAGCUACUCUUCAUUUUGUCGGUUUUGAUUGGGAGUUCUAUGAUCACACAAAUGUUUACGAGUAAUAGUGUUAUGAGUUGUUUUCUCAUUGGGGUGAUGUUCCCUAAAGAGGGUAAAACAGCUAGGACUUUGGUUCAUAAGCUUACAUAUUCGGUCCAUAACUUUAUACUUCCCAUUUAUUUUGGGUAUUUGGGGUUCCAAUUUGAUUGGAAUCGUUUAACGAACUUGAGUAGCAUUAUUAUUGUGUUGAUUUUGGUGGUCUUGAGCAUUGGUGGGAAGAUUAGUGGCACUCUUUUGGCUUGCCAAUACUUGAAGAUUCCUCUAAAUGAAGGCGUUUUUAUUGGCUUUUGUCUCAACUUGAAGGGACAUGCUGAUCUCUUGUUCAUAGGCCAAGCCACAAAUACACUUAUUGGAUGGAACCAAGAGGCAUACAAUUUACUUCUAAUGAGUAUCGUGCUGAACACAGUGAUCUCAGGCCCAAUAUUGGCCCUCUUAAUUAGGAAAGAAGAGAAACUCUUCGCCCAAACCUCACACACAACCCUCCAAUUCCAGAACCCCGGAGAAGACAUCAGGACCCUCGGAUGCGUGUACGGUCCCCGCCACGUGUCAGCCAUCCUAGCUCUCACUUCGGCACUGACCGGGUCCCACCGAAUCCCGAUCACACCUUACCUAAUGCAGCUGAUCGAGCUCACCCAAAAACGACGCACCAACGUGUCGUUUCACGAGCUCCAAGACAACGAGCUCAGCGACGACGAAGAUUACGGCGGGAACGAUGUCGUCGAGAUCAACGAAGCCGUCGAUGCCUUCCACGCCGAGACCAAGAUCUUCGUCCACCUCAUCAAGGCCGUCUCUUCCUUCGCCACUCUCUACGAAGAUGUUUGCAGCACCACCGAGGACCUCCGCGCGUCGAUCAUACUCGCGCCGUUUCAUAAGCACCAGAGGAUCGACGGGAAGAUGGAGAGCGGGAAGGAGGGCGUGAGGACCACGAACCAGAAGAUCCUUCGGCACGCGCCGUGCUCCGUGGGGAUUAUUGUGGAGAGGGGGCUAGCCGGGGUGCCUGGGUUCGCGCAACUCCUGGACUCGACGGCGGUUCAGCAGGUGGCGACGCUGUUCUUUGGUGGGCCGGAUGACCGAGAGGCGAUCGCGUGGAGUAAGAGGAUCGCGACGCAUCAGAAGAUUAAUCUGACGGUGAUCAGGUUCCUGUCGUUUGAGUCGUCUCGGUCGAGAAGUGAGCGCCUGGAUGAUCGUGAUGACGUGGUGGUGUUCAUGUCGUUGGCGAGUUUAGAGACUGGGAAGGAUAUUGAUAAUGCUUUUCUCAGCGACUUCUACAACGAGUGUGUGACAUCUGGGCAAGUUGGAUACGUAGAAAAAUACGUGAGCAAUGGGGAAGAGACAGUGGCAGCUCUGAAAGACAUUGGAGAUAUGUAUUCUUUGUUCAUUGUUGGGAAAGGUGGGAGAGGGCACUCCCCAUUGACGACUGGCAUGAGCGAUUGGGAAGAGUGCCCUGAGCUUGGAACUGUGGGAGAUCUAUUGGCUUCCUCCGAGUAUAACGUCAAUGGCUCGGUUUUGGUCGUUCAGCAACAUAAAAAUUUCCAAGAAGGUUCUUAUGGAUAAUCGACCAUUAUAUAUUCUCAUUUUUUAUACUCUUGUAAAUUCUUAAUAAUUUUGUGGAUUUCUUAUUAAUUUGUUCUUAACUUUACUAUACUACGUUUUUCUAUUAUACUGUUGUACACAUUUGUAACUGUGAUUUUAUUACAUGUAACAGUGUAAUUGAGUUUUGAUAUGCAAUUAGGUUAAGUUUGUGUU